GAAAAACAUAUAAAUGAAAAGUAUAGAAGUACACGAAAUGGAAAAUUUUAUAAAAGAUGCGUUGCUUGGUACUAUGUGCACCAAUUCAAAUAAUGAAGUGGUUAAGGAAAUAUUGACCAUCCUUGCUGGUUUAGCUGCUGAGUCAAGUUCGUCAUCGGAGGAUUCAGAACAAGAGCAGAUAGAGAAUCCAAAAUGCUCUAAUUUUGUGGACACCAUAGAUAAUUUUGGAGAUGAGGAUUUCAAAUCACACUUUCGUUUGAGCCGCACCACUUUAGAUUACUUAAUAGGAAGAUAUGAAGAAAGUGAACAAACCCGUUUUGCUACGAAGUCCGGAAAAGCCAAAAUUCCUGCUAAAACAAUGAUGUACAUGUAUAUAUGGUACUUAAGUAAUACAAUUACCUACAGACAACUAGCCGUAUUGUUUGGUGUAACGAAGUCCACUGCAUGGGCGAUUGUUCGUCGGGUUGUCGCGUCGGUUAUCUCAAUAGGAUAUGAGUUUGUUAAGCGGCCAACUGGAGAUGCGUUGGAAAAAACAACUCGCAAGUUUUUACAAAGGAAACAAAUACCAGGUGUUAUUGGUGCUAUUGAUUGUACCCACAUAACAAUUAAUGCACCAAUAAAAAACAAACAUUAAUUUUUUGAUCGUAAACGUAAUUAUAGUGUUGUUCUGCAGGCCAUUGUCGAUGCUGAUAAAAAAUUUAUUGAUAUUUAUUGUGGUGAACCCGGAUCAUAUCAUGACUCUAGAGUGCAAAAAAGGUCAGCAUUUUAUAGAAAAGCGGAAAAUAAUAUGGAAAGUUUAUUUCCAAAUUCUACUUUUAUUCUCGGGGACUCGGCAUACCCUUGCAGAAAUUACCUCAUACCGGUGUUUAAAGAUUAUGGUUCGUUAACGCCCAAUCAAAUCAGCUUUAACAAAACACAUUAUUCAGCAAGAAAAGUUGUUGAAAUGCACUGAAAGGACGUUUCCGAAGGCUUCUUAAAUUUACGGAGCACAGAAAUUUGUGUGCAAUUUCGAAUUUUGUUGCAAGUGCAUGCAUUAUGCACAAUAUACAUAUGUAUUAUCACAAACGACGAUACAAUUAUUGACCCUCAAAUUGAAAGUGCCGAACCGCAGCCAGAACCUGCUAAUGAGCUGGCGAGAGAAGCAAGUGGAGAUCGUCGGAAUCAGUUGCUUACAGUUUUAACACGAAGAAAUUAAUAAAUUUUAAUUUUUUUAAUUUUAAAAUGCACUUUUAGAGCAACAUUUUCCAUUUCCAAUCUCAAAUAAUAAAAUUAUUUAUAAUUUUACGACAUAUUUGUUUUAUAUAAUCACGUACAUAUAC